UUCAAGUACUCCUGAACUUUUCGAGUCAUUCGGUUGAAGCUUUAGCAAUUAAGGCUGAUAAUAAAUAAUCAAGAUGGCAGUGAAAGCAUUGUAAACGCUAACGUGUGUUCUAAAUGUCUUAAAGAAAAUUUUAUAUCCGCAAUAUUUUACUGAUUAAAGUAACACGAAUGAAUAUUAAUAAUACUUGACUUUUUCUGAAUUUGAACAAUAUAAAAGCACAAUGACUGAGGAGACACAGCAACCUGAAACACCCGUGCAAAAUGAAGCACAGGCUAGUUCUCCGGAUGUUGGUAAACUCAGAGAUAACAAGAAAGAGAAAUGCCGGCCUAUGACUAAGGUAGUGAUUCGUCGACUUCCACCAACAAUGACUCAAGACCAAUUCAUUGAGCAAAUUUCUCCUUUGCCUGAACAUGACUAUUUGUACUUCGUUAAAGCUGAUAUGUCACUUGGUCAAUUUGCAUUUUCCCGUGCUUAUAUUAACUUUAUGGAUCAACAAGAUAUAUUUAUGUUCAGAGAAAAAUUUGAUAAUUAUGUAUUUGUUGACUCUAAAGGCACCGAGUAUCCAGCUGUAGUAGAAUUUGCACCUUUUCAAAGAUUACCAAAAAAAAGAAUUGGAAAGAAAAAAGAUUUAAAAUGUGGUACUGUGGAGUCAGAUACAUAUUAUAUAAGUUUCUUAGAAAGUCUUAAAAAUCAAGAAACUGAUUCAACUAUUGCUCAACCAAAAACAGAAUAUUCGUAUCAGCCAGCAGAUAAUACAUUAAAAAAAGUUACAACAACACCUCUUUUGGAGUAUUUAAAACAACGUAAACAAGAAAAGCAACGUCUCAGAGAUGAAAAACGUGAAGAGAGGAGAAGGCGUGACUUGGAAAGACGGAGAACUAAAGAAGAUCCAAUUAUAUCUAAGGUGCUUAAGAAUCCUGACUUGGAUAAAGAAACAAACAAGGACAAUAAAGAAAAUAAAGAUGAAAGAGAUAAAGCAUCACCGAAGGAUUUAAAAAAUCGCAACAAAAGGGACGAAAAAUUGCGUGAAAAAGUACCACGAGAUAGAGAUUUGAAACCUUUAACAAAAGGAUAUAGAGAAAGAAUGGAUGAUAGAAAUAAGGACAGAGAUAUAAAGCAUCAAAGAAGACAUGAAGAUAAAAAACUUUAUGGAAGACGAGAUGAUAGAGACUUCCUUAAAGAAGACAGAAAAAAUGAUGUCAGAGAUGAUAGAAAAUACGAUAUUAAAGAAGAUCUCAAAGAAUGUAAAGAACGAAGGAUUGAAGAAAAAAGAGGUAAAAGCUAUGAAAAAAUGAGGCUUGAAAAAAAAAGAUUAGCAGAAACUAAAAGACAUAAUGUGGAGCUCAAUAUUGAUAAUAUCAAUGUUACAUGCAUAAUGAAAGAAAACCAAGAUGCUUCUCCAGAAUUUACAGAAGAAGGAUUAAUUUCUUCUAUCUCUAAAGGAAUAAUGGAAUCUGUAAAUGAAAAAAAUAAUGGAAAGAACAGUGGAAACGUUAAAUUAAAUGAAAAUGAACAAGAUAUUGAAUCUGUAUUAGAUCAAAAUAAGGAUACAGAAACUAGUAUUCGAAAUGAAAAGGAUGCAACUGAAAAAUCAAGAUCUAAUGAACAUAUUAAUAGAGAAACUGGUAUUGAAACUGAGUCUGAUGAAAAAAAAGAAUCAAAAGUUGUAAAAAGACGUAGUUCUCUAGAAAGUGGUGGUGAAGGAGGUACAGGGGACAAUAAUUGCUUGAGACGUCAUAAGUCUUUAGAUGGUGAUGGACAAAGUAAUUUACAAAAAUCUGAAAAUGAAGAUAAGGAAAAAGAUAAAAAAGAUCCACGAUUAGAACGUAGAAUUCGAAACAAGGAUCGACCUGCCAUGGAAAUUUAUAGACCAGGCAUGGGAAAAUUUAGUAAGCAGCGAUUAGAACGGGAAAAAUCAACUAACGAUGAUCGAGCUUCCCUUUCACAGAGUCCAACUCCAAAUACUACAACUUCUGCUGUUUCUAAAUCUGCUAAAUCUGGAGCAGAAGUUCGUUCUAUGACAUUUAAACGUAGUGUUAGCCGUGAUAUUUCAUAACAUGUACUGAGCUACAUUUAUUAAUAUGUACGAUCUAUAUUGUAAACAAAUAGCAUAUAUUUUACAAAUAGCCAGAUCAGGAUAAUAUCAUGUUUCAAUUCCAUGUUCCUUCACAUUUCAUACUUGUAUAUUCAAUCCCAUGAUAUCAAAUGCAUAAAUAAUUUAUUUCUUACAUCACUUAAUAUAAUUUCUCAGGAAUUUUAAGUCAUUUAAUAAUAUGGAUUUAAUAUAAGUCAUGAUAAUAGAGGGUUAAUUCGUCUCAUAUGCAAAUGUAAUUUCGUUUCAUUGAUAAGUUAUAUUGUUUACUUCUUCAUUUUUUUUACGAAUAUUAUAAAAAGGUACU